AUGACAGUUCAUUCGUCCCCGGAUAUGGACGAAUUGAGUGCGCAUUCCGCAGAGGACCAACAUACACCCCCACCCGUCGAGCCAACCCCAGCAUACACCCCUCGUCCAACAGCAGUCGAGCAGACGCUCGUCCGUGGUCCUCCAACUGCUGCAGAACUCACUUCAGUUCUCUCGUACAAUGCAAAGCGCUUCUCCGUCUCCUUUGGCGGACAACCGGCUACACGAUCCGCCGCUCAAGGCCCCGAAUAUUCCAGAGGGUCCAAGGUACGGGGCACAGUAAGGCUUGGCGAAAAGUACCUCGACAGAAUAGGCAGCGUGGAACUCAAGAUCAUUGGAACCAUUAAACUCUCCAUACAUGACUCGGGCUCACCAAUACCACAUUUCUCGACCAUACCAUUCUGGCCGUUGCCCCAGACCUAUGUCGAUACGUGGGGCCACCCGCCCACUCGACGCACACGGCCACUCCCUCCGACGUACGAGUUAACAAUCGUCGACGUUCCGGGGUUGACAGCCCGGGUACGGUACGAGGCUAUAGUCGUCGUGCGCUGGAAAUGGAAGGGACUUGUGGGGCGCAAGGAGAGCCUCUCGACCCCGUUCACAUACGUACCCUAUGCGCCACACCCGCACCACACACAUACGUCCGUUAUUUCCACUCUAAAGUCAUGCCCUGGAGAGUGGGCUAGUUACACCGAACGAGUACCCACCCGGAGUCCGGACAUCGGAGAGAUUAUGAGUUCUCUGGUCCUUCCUACUCCGCCCCUCCAUCCGCUUUCUCAAGCUAUUCCGUUUCACUUUCAACUAAGCGCUGAAUGUCCGCCUCCGACUCGUCGUGGGCGUCGUCUGUCCAUCAGCUCUGGGACCUCGAAACUCUCAGCUUCCAAGCCCAGUGCUGCUGCUGCCAACACCAACACCAAUACUACCACCAACGCCGGGCCGGGCCCCUCAAAACAACCCAACAUACCAAUCGCUUUGCUUGCGGAACCAGCUGUCCUCCGACUCCAAAUCCAACGACAAAUCAGCGUCGAUGUGCGAGGAGCAAGAGCGUUGAGGGUUAUUUGCGGUGGUGUAGGAAGGAUGGAGCGCGUUGUUCUGGGCUCGAGGAGGAGCGGGUGCGAAGUUGUUUACGAGGGACAGGUCUCAGGUCCGGGUGGUAAUAGCAAUAUCAGCAGUGGUAGUGGUAGCAGCGGUAGUUCGCCGGGAUCGAACGGGGCUCCACCGGCUUAUACGUCCCUCCGUCGAACCAACUCGUUGCGCUCGGUCUUGAGCGCGGGCACGACGGGCGGAGCAACGAGCAUCAUGGGCCCACUUCCUCCGGGUGUAGAACGGGUCAAGGACUACGAAGGAGGCAAAGAUUGGUUCGCGAUCGCUUGGGAAGGGAGCGUUACCCCUGAGAAGGACGUGCUUCAAGACUCUGUCGCUGUGGCCUUAUGGGGAUCGUCUAAGCCAACUACCCCAGCUCCAACGCAACCAUCGCCUGACACAACAACGCCCGAGCCAGUAGAAAGUGUGGCUGGGAUCGACGCUCCUGUCUCACCGCCCAUCGAAGUCACGCAAGCCGAGCCAAACAUAAUUUCGCCCGAUGUCACCUCGAGCACCCUCGAUGCCCUCUCAUCUUCUCCAGCAGCGCACCAACUGGGCGACUUUGCGGCCAACGGGUUUGGAGGAGCCUGGCCGUCCGGAUGGGUCCAAACCGCACUCGAGUUUCUUCACGUUCAAACCGGCCUACCUUGGUGGGCUUCGAUCUUCCUUCUCACAGCCAUCGUUCGCACGUCUUUGCUCCCGCUCAACCUGAAGCUCGUAGGCAACGCCAGCAGACUUGCCCGUGUUCAGCCCCAGCUCGCGGUCUUGACCGAUCAAAUAAAGCGAGCGCGGGAUGCGGGUGAUUCCGCAGCUUUGCAGCACGCUGGGUUCAGAGCUCAAAAGUUGCUCGAGUCGGCGGGUGCGAAUCCGUUCAAGGGGCUGUUGGGUCCGUUGGUCCAGAUGCCUGUUGCCCUGUCGUUCUUUUUUGGGAUUCGGAACGUGUGUAAUGCGGGGUUGCCUACGCUCAAGGAAGGUGGGAUUGGCUGGUUCACCGAUUUGACGGUUGCGGAUCCGACGUGGGCGCUUCCCAUACUGAGUUCGGCGUCGAUGUUGAUUUUGCUCGAGACAUCCGCUAUAGAUGCACAGGCGGGUGCGGCUGGCCAUACUCGUAACUUUUUCCGAGUUCUUUCUCUGAUUACCAUUCCGAUUGUUUCCUAUCUCCCUGCGGGCGUACUUGUUUAUUUUGUUGCCAAUGGUGUAUUCAUGCUUAUCCAAAACGCAUUGGUCAAGGUUCCAUCAAUUCGCAAGAGGUACAACAUCGUGGACAAGCCUGCGCCUCCUCCCGGAGCCAAAGUUACGACAGCACCCACGUUCACCGAUAGUCUGCGUGCCCUUCGAGAUGGGGUCAAGGAUGCUGCCAGGAAGGCGCGGGAGCAGCAGGAGGCAGAGGCUCGCGCCCGAGCUCGGGCGAACCCGGGAAAACGCAAUUGA